AUGAGCACAGCAGGCAAAGUAAUAAAAUGCAAAGCAGCUGUGCUUUGGGAGCAAAAGAAACCCUUUUCCAUUGAAGAGGUGGAAGUUGCACCCCCUAAGGCCCAUGAAGUUCGUAUUAAGAUGGUGGCCACAGGAAUCUGCCGCUCAGAUGACCAUGUGGUCAGUGGAAACCUCCAUUGGCCUCUUCCUGUGAUUUUAGGCCAUGAGGCAGCUGGCAUUGUAGAGAGCAUUGGAGAAGGGGUGACUUCAGUAAAACCAGGUGAUAAAGUCAUCCCCCUCUUUAAUCCCCAGUGUGGAAAAUGCAAAGUUUGUAAACACCCAGAAGGCAAUGUCUGUUUGAAAAGCAGUUUACAACAACCCCGGGGGACCUUGAUAGAUGGCACCAGCAGGUUCACCUGCAGGGGGAAGCCAGUCAACCACUUCAUCCACACCAGCACCUUCUGCCAGUACACGGUGGUGGAUGAGAUGGCCGUGGUCAAAAUUGAUGCAGCAUCCCCGCUGGAGAAAGUUUGCCUCAUCGGCUGUGGAUUUACAACCGGUUAUGGCUCAGCAGUCAAAGUUGCCAAGGUCACCCAAGGUUCCACCUGUGCUGUAUUUGGCCUGGGAGGAGUUGGCCUGUCUGUUAUCAUGGGCUGUAAAGCAGCUGGAGCAUCCAGGAUUAUUGGAGUGGACAUCAACAAAGACAAAUUUGCAAAAGCUAAAGAAGUGGGUGCCACUGAGUGCAUCAACCCUCAAGACUACAACAAGCCCAUUGAGGAGGUGUUGAAGGAACUGAGUGACGGAGGUGUGGACUUUUCCUUUGAAGUCAUUGGUCGGCUGGACACCAUGCUUUCUGCCCUGUUAUGUUGUCAAGAUUCAUAUGGUGUAAGCGUCAUCGUAGGGAUACCUCCUGAUUCCCAAAACAUCUCCAUGAAUCCUAUGCUGCUAUUGACUGGACGCAUCUGGAAAGGAGGAGUUUUUGGUGGUUUUAAGAGUAAAGAUUCUAUUCCCAAACUUGUGGCUGAUUUUAUGGCUAAGAGGUUUUCACUGGAUCCAUUAAUAACGAAUGUUUUACCUUUUGAAAAAAUAAAUGAAGGAUUUGAACUGCUUCGCUCUGGAAAGAGUAUCCGGACCGUCCUGACAUUUUGA